AUGAAGGUCCAACUUUGCAAUGCAUCAAAAUCGCAAAGCUCAAAACUUUCGCGAUCUUCGACCUGGAUUGAACCUUGCAUCCUCAACCAGCGCGCUUUCCUUGCUCAUUACAGCGCUUGUCACUCUUUAUCUACGAUGGCAGACAUGAUGGCGAUGCAGUCAGCGGUCCGCCUGCCAACUCCACCGCCAGGAGUUUCGUAUUCGCCGCGCGCAUCCGUCCCUCGGAAGCGGUCGCCAACGUCGCGUUCACCAUCGCCAGACCGUCGCCGCCGUGCACCAGCCCAGGAUGAUGCUGGGAAUGGCCAGCGUGAGCCGGAUGCGAGGGAGCAGGAGCUGGCAGAACGGUUUCGUCGACCUCAAAGGGCCGCUGCCUCCAAGCCGCUGACAGAGGAGGAGAAGCAGGCAGCUGCAAAAGCCGAAUAUGAAAAGCUUUUGAACAUGCGUUCCGGAGGCACAUAUAUACCUCCUGCAAGAUUGCGGGCUCUCCAGGCUCAGAUAACUGAUAAGACCAGUAAGGAAUACCAACGGAUGGCAUGGGAGGCGCUGAAGAAGUCGAUAAACGGAUUGAUCAAUAAAGUCAAUGUUUCGAACAUCAAGCAUAUUGUGCCCGAGCUCUUUGGUGAAAAUCUGGUUCGCGGCCGAGGCCUGUUUUGCCGCAGUAUUAUGAAAGCCCAGGCUGCCAGUUUACCAUUUACCCCGAUUUAUGCUGCUAUGGCUGCCAUCGUGAACACGAAACUUCCUCAAGUUGGAGAGCUUCUUUUACACAGAUUGGUUGUGCAGUUCCGAAAAGCUUUCAAACGAAACGACAAGGCUGUUUGCAUAUCUUCGACCACGUUCAUUGCGCAUUUAUGCAACCAGCAAGUAGUGCAUGAGAUGGUUGCUGCUCAGAUACUGCUACUUCUACUUCAUAAGCCCACCGAUGAUAGCGUCGAGAUUGCGGUUGGGCUUACAAGAGAAGUUGGGCAACACUUGGAGGAAUGA